AUGUUGCGAAGAUCGGUUCGGCGAUUUGCGUUAUCGAUAUCGUGUUUAACAGUGAUUUACACAGCCACGAUCCUCAUUAUGGACUAUCAGGAUGGGUCGCGGAUACAGCGUAAUGUGUCACGUAAAGCCCAGUCAGGAGCGAAAGUUAGUGGAGUAAAGAGAGACAGCCUAGAAAAUAUGCAAGGAAUUGUCGUUGAUGGGGAUCGUGUUUUCCAAAAAGUACUACAUAGACCAUCAUCUUCGCAAAAUUACUUUAUUGCACCAAAUCGCAUUUUUCAUUUGGAUUUGAAAGGCGCAGCACCAAAAAUGGGCUAUUUAUUGAAGCUUGUUCCAUUUAUUAAACAGAUUGGAGCAACAGGAAUAAUGAUCGAAUAUGAAGACAUGUUUCCAUUUACAGGUAAACUAAGCGGGGUAAAAGCUGGUAAUGCAUAUACUUUGGAUGAAUUGCGUCGUUUUCUCCGUGCAAUCCAGACACAUAAUUUGGACAUUAUACCUCUUGUGCAAACAGUGGGUCAUCUGGAAUACAUUUUGAAAUACCCUAACUUCUCCAAAUAUCGCGAAGAGGAGCGAUAUCCACAGGUAAUUUGUUUGACGGAUGAAGGAGCAGUUGAUUUGGUUCAGGAAGCGCUGAGACAAAUAUUAAAUUUACACAAAGAUUUUGCCAUGAAAUAUUUCCACAUUGGAGCAGAUGAAGUUUUUCAAAUCGGUCGGUGUGAAAAGGACAGAAGCUACAUGGUAAACAACAAUGUUGACACGGAAUUCUUGCUUCUUAGGCACAUUGCGAGAAUAUCGAAGUUUGUUAAGGCUCAAGUUCCAAACAAAAAAGUGAAUGUAUUGAUUUGGCACGAUAUGCUAGUAAAUUUACAAGCACAAAAUGUUUUGAAGCAUGGUUUGAGUAAUUUGGUCGAGCCAGUAGUAUGGAAUUAUAUGGAAAAUUUGGAUGAUCAGUUGUUACCUGAUUUUUGGCAGAGAUUAUCCUCAAUGUUUUCGUACGUUUGGGGAGCUUCUGCUUACAAAGUUGAGUUUUGGAAAAUGCAAAGUGCCGAUGGUCCAGAUCAGUAUGCUUCUAAUGUUCAACAUUACUUGAAUAACCACAUAAGUUGGUUAAAACAGAUGAAUGAACAUCACUCUAAAUUCAAGCAGUUUCGAGGCAUCAUUGUGACUGGUUGGCAAAGGUUUGACCAUUUUGCCAUCAUAUGCGAAAUUAUACCAGUUGGUCUUCUUUCUGCUGCUGUAAACAUGGCUGUUUUAAAAAAUGGCCAAUAUGAUUUUGAAGUGAUGCGGUCAGUCUCACAGUCGUUGAAGUGCUCUUCGGUAUUAUAUUUCGACAAAAAUUCAUCUCCAUUCAUACCGCAGUGCAGUUUUCCUGGUGUACACGUUUUCCACGCUGUGCAGACAUUACAUUCGACAAUUAAUUCCGUUGAAGAACAGGUUUUCAAUGAUUAUCAGGUUCGUGGGUGGAUUGCAAGAUUCAAUGAGAAACAUUUAUACACACAAGCCUGGUAUCUUGAUCAAGUGUUGUAUAAGGUUAAGUCGUUCCUUCGUGAAAUGGAAGUUUGCGAGCAGAAUAUCAAAACUGAAAUGCAAACUGUUUUCUACAAUGAUACGGUAGCUGAAUUCGUUUACGUGUAUGUAAAGCCAACAUUGAAACGUCUAGAAGAACUGUCGCAGCGAAUUGAUAAACUUUCGGAGCUGCGUAUCUUCCCUAGACGACCUUUCGCUGUCCAAGAAUUUUAA